UGUAUUUUGCUGUGCAGCCCUGGUUACCGCGCAAACUGAGUUUCUCUUUUGUUUUGAUUAUUUGUAAUAUUAAAACCAGAGCCAGAGCGCAAUGAACUAUUUUCCAAACUACUUUUCGAUCGAGGAUAUAUUUGUGACCCAGGAGAAGGUCGAAUGCAAGGUCAACACGAAGCUGCAGCGGAUGGGCUUCUUGGAUGCCGGCGCCGAAGGUGACGACCUGGAUCCGGGACGCACCAUCAAUCUGCCGCUGUGGUAUAUCAAGGAACUGAAGGUGAACAAUGCCUACUUCACCGUCGCCGUGCCCGAUAUCUAUAAGAAUGUGCACAAGGCCGUCUGUGAGGCGGAGACAACGCACAUCGAACUGGGUCGACUGCAUCCGUACUUUUACGAGUUUGGCCGCUAUCUGACGCCCUAUGACCGCAACCAUGUCAUCGGUCGCAUCAUCUUUGAGACGAUGCGGCAGCGUGUGCGUCAUCUGCUGGACAUAUCCAAAAACGAUGGACAACUGGCCAAGUCUGAGCUGCGACUGGACAACAUCGAGGCAAAGCUGCAUGAGGCGGGCGUGCGCACCAAUACCCAGUACAUCAACUGGCUGCAAAUGACGGGCAAUAAAAUUCUCAUCUCGGAGCUGGUGGAGGAGCAUCAGAAGAAGCGAAAACGUGACCGCAGCGACGAUGAGGGGGACAGUUUGCCCAGCAGUAAACGUGCCACCCUGUGACACACCCUACCACACCCAUCCCCGAAUAAUUAAUAAUUUUGGUUCUAUUUUUUUUUUUUUGUUUGUUGAAACAUUUAGCAAUUUUAUUCUGUAACUCGCUGCACGCUGCCCAGAUCAGAUUCUAUGCCAUACCUUGUAAAUACCCAUGCAACACUCCACACACACACACAGGCACAAACACAUAUAUGUAUAUGAUGUUUCAUUUCAUGCCACAAAAAUACAAUACAAUCGGUCUACAGAUGGUAGCUUCCAAAUACAUACAGAUCUAUACGCGGAAUACAUAUCUAUGUGUGUAUAUAUAUAUUAUAUGUAUAUAUGUCAUUAUUGCAUGUCUGUAUAGCGACAGCAGGGAUUAAGUUUUUCUUGUUUAGUUGUUGUAAAUACAUAAUAGCUAAGCAUUUCUGACAGGACAGAAGCACAAUGCACACACGGUUAGGUACCAAAUCUAUAAACUCUUACUGCUGCUGCUGCUGCUGCUCCACUCUCUCUCUCUCUCUCUCUGGCUAUAUAUUUGCUCUCCCUCAUGCGUUGGCAAUAAGCCAACGGAACAACCAUCGAUCGUCUUCAAACCAUGCAUGCACACAUAUAUUGUAUAUAUGUAGAUAUAAAUAGGUAACUACAUA